CUCGUUGGUGGCGUUAACCCAUCUCAGCUUGCCCCGCAGCCGGGAACAACGGCAGGCAACCCCAUCGUACUUGACGAGGACGACGGCGACCAACCACGGUCCAUCGGUCGCUAUCCUAUCGCAGACGGCGCGGCCCCGUCUCUACCUGCAGUCCCUGGCCCAGAAAUCCUCCAGACACUUGCUCAGCAAGGCAGCGUCCUCCCGCUGGUCGAGUCUCUCGUCCGCCUCCUGACAGGUACCAUCACGGCCGCGGCCGCUCCGCCAGCGUUCCCCAGACGCACCGGCUGGGAACGUACCAGCCCAUCUGCCCCUCCACCUCCGAAGCGGCGCAAACUCAACUCCGUACCAGCGGGCGCGAGCGACUGGGACGUGCCGUAUCCCUUUCAGGACGGGCAGGGCCCAGCAGACUAUCAGUCAACAUGGGCGAAGGAGCGUGCACAUCGACUGGUGAGGGACUUGGUCGGCUUGGUGCGCGGCGCUGCGAAGAAGGCGGCGGUGACGGGGUACCUGCAGGAGCAG